AUGCGUGCUUACGCUUCCACAGCCAGCAGCCUGAAAGAUCGCGCUCGUGCAAUCACAUUUAUCCAAGCCAGCUAUGUCAUCGGGAUGACGAUUGGACCCGGAAUCCCGGUCGCUUUCGCUCCGAUCAAAUUCCCAGGACUCGUGUUCGGGCCUGUUCAUCUGGACAUGUACACUGCCCCGGCUUGGUUCGCAACGCUGAUCUGUAUUCUGUCACUGGUUUUGCUUAUCAUCUUACUUGAGGAAAAUUAUGCCGGUGUUCAAGAAGUCGACAGUGAAAAUAAUUUGAAAACGGGA